CGCUGGGAGAACUGGCUGGAGGUUUCUUAAAAAAAUAAAUACGUAUCACUAAGACCUCCGCUUCCAGUGAGGGCCCGACAUCUCACGCACGCGUGGUGUUUGGCGAGCGCUUAGCAACGGGCGAGGUGCGGGGAUGGCGAGGAUGGCGGCGCGCAACGCCGUGCGAAUUACCCCGGGCCGCGGCCUCUCUGUGGCCGGCCCAUGACGUAAUGGUGUGUGCCAGGGCUGAGGAGCCAGCACCGGCGUCGGGGACGUGGCUAAAAAUAAAUUCAGCUGUGAAGUCGGCGACUGCCGUCAUUGCUGCACGGAGCAGCGCCAAUAGAAUGAGGAGCCGGGCCUGAGCUCACUGUGCCGAGUUUUGGCCAUUCAUGGAAAUGUAGGCGUUGAGUAAAAUUGACAUUGCGAGGAAAGAAGAUCUAGAGCCAAAGAUUUGCUAAUUCGGACAGGUGAUGUACUUAUAGUGUCUGGUAGAUUUUUAUCCCACAAUUUCCUUGAAGGAAGAGGGAACGUGUCAACAGUGACGUAUUCUACAGAAAAGGAAAAAAAUCGUAACUGGAUCCACACACAAAAAUGUGACAACCCCUCCUCUACAUGCUUCAGAGCUUGAUUUUAUUUUCGUGACGGGGUGACUCGUGUUGAAGAAUCCCAACGAAAUAAACCAGCAGAGUGCUGAGAUUCUCAAUUAUGAUGUUUCGAGAUCAAGUCGGUGUUUUGGCAGGGUGGUUUAAAGGUUGGAAUGAAUGUGAACAAACUGUAGCUUUGUUGUCCUUAUUGAAACGAGUGAGCCGGACCCAGGCUCGUUUCCUUCAGAUUUGUCUAGAGCAUUCUUUGUCCGAUUGCACCGAGCUUCACGUUCUCGAGGGAGAGGCAAAUGAUGCUGCAUUCAUUAAUCAAUGGCAUCAAGAAUCUAAGGACAAAGUAAUGAUGCUUUUGCUGACACAUCUUCCAUUACUGAAGCCAGGAAACAUUGAUGCAAAAAAAGAGUACAUGAAGCUUUUGCCUAAAAUUUUGGCUCAUUCUAUUGAGAACAAUCAGCACAUAGAAGAAAGUAGGCAGCUCUUAUCUUAUGCUUUGAUCCAUCCUGCGACCUCAUUGGAGGACCGAAAUGCACUAGCAAUGUGGCUCAACCAUUUAGAGGAUCGCACCUCUGGUUAUGGAAGCCAGAGUAGGGGACGCCAUGAUUCAGUGGAUUUUGGGCAAACUCUUUAUUAUCACCAAAGACAGAACUCUGAUGACAAGCUCAAUGGUUGGCAGAGUUUACGUGAUUCUGGAAUUUGUGUGUCUACUUCUAACUGGCCAGACAAGAACCAGGCUUGUGAGAAUGGGCAUUUGCCUCUUUAUUCUUCUACUUCUGUACCUGCAACUAUCAACACUAUUGGGACUAGCACAACCACAAUUCUCUCAGGCCAGACACACCACAGUCCUCUGAAGCGUUCAGUAUCUCUUACCCCACCAAUCAAUGUGCCAAAUCAGCCUCUAGGUCAUGGAUGGAUGUCCCAUGAAGACCUGCGAGCAAGAGGACCUCAGUGUAUCCCGUCAGACCAUGCUCCUCUCUCCCCACAGAGCAGUGUUGCUUCUUCUGGUAGCGGCGGGAGUGAACAUCUUGAAGAUCAAGCAGUAACACGAAACACAUUCCAAGAGGAGGGCAGUGGCAUGAAAGAUGUUCCAGCCUGGUUAAAAAGUCUGCGUCUGCAUAAAUAUGCAGGUUUAUUCUCCAAACUCACGUAUGAAGAAAUGAUGGCACUCACGGAAGUUCAACUGGAAGCACGGAGUGUUACCAAAGGUGCAAGGCACAAAAUUGUUCUCAGUAUACAAAAACUAAAGGAGAGGCAGAAUGUACUCAGAUUGUUGGAAAAGGACAUUCUUGAAGGUGGCAAUCUCCGCAAUGCACUUCAGGAACUGCACCAAAUGAUUCUUACUCCAAUCAAACCUUACAGUUUCUCUCAUAGUCAGAACACAAGUGAACAAAACCAAACUUUUGACUCUCAAUCCUCUAUCAUGAGUUCAGACAGCAGCUUAGGAAGUCGGCUUUCUGAUGUGAAGGACUCUGCUGCAGGUGGAAUUCAGCAACAUAGCGUCACAGGGUGUGAGAGUGAGUCGGGCAGUGCUGUUGUUCCAGAAGGGGAUCUACCUGGACAGUUUACAAGAGUCAUGGGUAAAGUUUGUACACAACUACUCGUAUCCAGACCAGAUGAAGAAAACAUAAGUUCUUACCUGCAACUCAUUGACAAAUGUGUAGCUCAUGAGGCUUUUACAGAAACACAGAAGAAAAGAUUAUUGUCUUGGAAACAGCAGGUUCAGAAGCUCUUUAGAUCUUUCCCCCGGAAAUCUCUCUUGGAUAUGCCAGGCUAUCGACAGCAAAGAAACUGGGGCUUCAGUCAGUCUAACUCCCUACCAGCAGCUGGAUCUGUGGGUGGAGGAAUGGGUAGACGAACUCAACGUCAAUUCCAGAUGCCCCCUCGAAAUCUACCCACUGCUCGUCUGGGUCUUGUGGGUCCAAGUGGACUCUUGGGUACUCCACAGCGCAGUGCAACAAGCAAUCCAGCCAUAUUAAAACAAGGAAGGCAGAACCUUUGGUUUGCUAACCCUGGAGGAAGUAAUAGUAUGCCAAGCCGAACCCAUAGUUCUGUCCAACGUACACGCUCACUGCCUGUUCACACAUCACCACAAACCAUGUUGAUGUUUCAGCAGCAAGAGUUCCAAGUGCCAGUGACAGAACCUGAUAUAAACAACAGACUGGAAUCAUUAUGUCUCAGCAUGACUGAACAUGCCUUGGGUGAUGGCGUUGAUAGAACUUCUACUAUCUAGAAAGGAUAAACUACACCAGUUGAUGUUGGCUCUGAAUCUUAUAAAUAAUCGUGGGUUCAGACCACGUUCAUAAGUUCCAGUCACGUGCCCUGGUCAGGGUCAACUGAUACCUUGUGUCAUGUUUCUGCAAGCUGUAAUGAACAUUUUAUUUUUACGCGUGUUUGGAUUGUCACUGUGUCAUCAAAUCCUGAAGCAUUGUCAAGCCAAAUAAAAGUACUUCAGUCCGCGAAAAGGAUUUUGCAGUGAAACAACCUCAGAGAAGUCAGCAGAUGAGUUAGUGAGGUGGCAGAUAAAUGGGGUGGUCUUUUUUAGUGACAACAGGUGAAUUUCAAUAGUGGUUCGUUACAUUUCUGUUCUUAAAAACAUUUCUUUAAAAGAAUUCUGCAAACUUGUACUAAAAAUAUGCUACCAGAAGAAGUCUGACAUGAGAUGUCAUUCACCUUAAAUGCAUCUGAUUUGGUUGUUGAGCUCUUUUCAAAAUUGAAGUACUAUUGUCAUGAAGAGGACUCUGAGAUGAAUAAUUUAAGUGCAACUAAAAUUAACUUGUUGUUUACAUAAUUAUAAAGGGUACAUAAACAUUUUCAGGUAUGCUAUUGUUAUUUGUAUUGUCAUUGUUAAAGCAUUUUCCCCCUCUGCAAUAGCAGCAGGUUUGUUCGUUUGAUUAGCAGCAAAGCCAUGCUUCCAUGGGGUAGUUGCUUUUUCUAAAAGAAAGUGUAAGUGCUUGUGACCUAAGUGGGUACAUUUGUUGAUGAUGAGAGAGGGGUUCUGGAAUGUUGUUGAAUGCUGGAGAGUUAUGUGAUACCAUAGGAGUUAAACUCAAUCAGUCUUGCAGUCAGUUUAACUGUUGGCAAAUAUGCUGUUUGCUCUUGUUUUGCUUCCAAUUCCCCCUCCCCGUCCCUUGCAAAAAGGCCCAGUGUUUACAGUUAAAAUUAAGUUGGUACUGUAUGCAAGUUACCAGGUCCUAAAUAUUUUCUGCAUCCCUUCCCCAAUCACUUACCCAAAGUGUUGAAAAACUAGAGAGUAAGCAUCCAAGAGUGUGAAAGAGGGAGUUUGUACAACAUACACAAUAUAAAAGGAAGGAUAAGGACUGAGAAAAAUUAGACAGAUACUGGAUGAGGUUGAAUAUAUGGAUAUUUUGUCAGAAAGGGAGUUGGAAAUGCAGUAUUAAAGAAACUGGUGAAAGCAAAGUGUUUAACCAUUUUCACAAAAAGUGCAUUUAUAUACAAUGAAUGCAAGUUCAAACAUUUAAUGUGACUCUGUUCUUGCUAACACAAAAACUUGUUUGAUGAGAGUCCUUAGAAGUAUUUACAAAUCAGAAUUGAUAUUUAUUCCUCCACUGAUUUAUAGAUACAGAGGUUAUCUAUUAAUUAGAUGUAUUAUUUUAGAUAUGUAUUAACUUGCUAUGGCUGGUAACCAUGAGUAUGUCUCAAAAUAUUAACAUCCAUUUAGUUAAUUUUAAUAUUAUUGCUUAUUUCUACUGAUGAGUAUAGUUUAAAUAUUUGCAUAGAUAAAAAAUGUUUUGCUAAGAAGUGCUGUCUGGUGAAUUAAUUUUAACAUGUGGCUUUGUCUUGAGAACACUGAUGCCAUUCUGUUUUUUUUUCUGUUGAGUCCUGUAUUGACUGCAGGUGUAGAGCUUGGUUAAUACUAUCCUAUGUAAAUUGAAUUAUUUAUGAAAUGAUGAUUGCAUGCAUAUAAGGCUGUGAAGUCAAAUAUUUAGGAAAAAAAGCGGCAGUGCCUUUCCUUUUGUAUCUUCCACAUACCCCAAACAUUAACUGUUUUAUACAGAACAAAAUAGCACCAUUAAUUGAAAACAAAGGUGACAAGACAUAUUCUUGAUAUUUAUAGUCUUUGUUUUUGUUUGGUUAAGUGUUGUGCACACUAAAUAUCCCUGCAAGUCCAGCAGAAAGCCUGGUAGAGUAACUCUUUUGAAUAUGUUUGAAGUGCUUAAUUUUUUGUGGACAUUGGAAAAAUUCAGUAGUGAAACCAUAUAAAAUAGCUUACUAUUGUGAGCUGUUCCAGAAAUGAAAGUUUUCUAGAAUUUCUGCCAGGUUACUGUAAUGCCUUUAAGAGAUUAUGGCUGGAAAACAAGACCUCUUAGUAAUGAUAUUUUAAAGUUCAAAGCAGAGUCUUGCAUGGAUGUGUGUGCACUAUAUAUAAGAGAAAACUAGAUUACAUUUUUAAAAAGAAUUGUUUUGUACAAGCCAUUAACAUUUGCUAUGAUGGCUUUUAUUUUUUGUAUUUCUUUAUCUUGAUUCAGAAAAUAGUGAAUGUUUAUUCCUCUGAGAGGAAUAGGAAGCAAUGCUAGUAGUAAUUACCUGGAUACUUCCGCCCUCUUUUUUUUAAUAUUAUAUUAUUCCCUAAGUAUUUAUGGACAGUUUUGUUAAACAGUGUAGAACCUUUUUUCUUUUUUUUAAAUACUCAAUCCCAUAUUACUUCCUUUGUUGCAUGUCAGGCAGAGACAGCCCCACAUGGUAGGUGCAUGCAUGCUAAUGUUCUCGUUUUCCUCUGUAAAGAAGGUAGUGUACAAGAAAAGUGUUUCUUGCAUAGUUACUGCUGCACAUAAAUGCAUAUUUUUACAGCUUGUCACCUUAUGGAAAAAGCACGUUUGUUACAUGUUAAAGCUUUAUGACAAACACUCGUUUUACUUGCUGUUCUUGCAAGUGUAUAGUUUUCAAAUGUUCUUGUUUAAAGUUACCAAUGAAUUACUCUUGUGACUUAAAACAGCAAAUGCUACAAUGUAUUUAUUUACUCCCAAUUCUGUCACUUAACUAAAAUGUUGGCUAUUUCACAUCAGCAUUAUAUUGAAAGUGAAGGGAGAUAAUACAAGUUUUUGUAACAUUGUGGUGUAUGUGUUUGUUUUUUUCAAAAAUAAAACUUACACACCCAGUUUGAAUACUCAUGCAAUC